AUGAAUGAGCUAACUAGACCUCGUCGGCGGGACGGGGAGCUGUUUACGCACCGCCGCAAGGCGACGUACAAGCGCAUUCCACUUGCCAGCCUUCCGCAGAAGGAUGAGGGAGAGCCUUGGCUGUCCGAGAAGGCUGUCGCUACAGAGUGGCUUGGACUGUUCUACAACCUUGCCGUCUCCUCUUCCUUCGGGACCUUCAACGGCUCACAUCAGCUGCGUACACCUGCAGGUCUCCCGUCGUACCUUGCCUACUUUGCUGUCAUCAUCUCCAUGUGGACUAUUCAAUUGCACUACGACGUGCGCUUUCAGGGCAACGAUGUCGCGCAUCGAUUAGCCAAAGCAGCUCAAAUUACGCUAUAUCUCUACGUCGGUGCCGCCAGCGGCGGCUGGGAUCUAGCCAAGCUCGAGCCGGAGCCGGUGCUGAGCGUCGGUUCAGGAGAGCUUGUUGCGCACGACCUUGCUGCUCAGUCAUUUUUGACUGUCUCUGUUGUUGUGGCGGCUCACUGUGGCCUCCUCGCUGCUCAGUACUUGCUGGUCACCUACCUCGGGAAACGCGUGGGCCGGCGCACCACCUCCACACGGUGGAGCUUCGCCUCCCUCGUCAUUUCAUGUGCUCUGUUCAUUGCGGCUGGAGCUACUACCCCUUCCUCUCCCUCUCGCGCUCAUGCCAAGAUCGCACUCCUCUUCCUCGGCGUCGCUGUCAACCUCGCCGCCAUCGGAAUGCAGGCCUUGCGCGGGGUGCAAGUCCCUGUGCGCGACGGGUUGAUCGCGACGCAGUAUGGCUCCCUCUCCCUGACUAUGUUGGGCACAGGCUUUGGGGGGAUUGCGGGCGCGUUUCAGGCGGCCAUCACCGGUGUAUCCCCCGUUGACUCGACUGCGUACGCUCAAGUAUUUCUUGCCGUUGGCGUCAUCUAUUUCAUCUGGGCGAAUAUGUUCGCCAACUUCCACAAAGCGCUUGAAGUUGACGCUGGCCGGACGUGGCUGUGGGAGGUGCUGCACUUCCCGCUGCACUUCUGUCUCCUGGCUUUCAUCGCGGCAAUGACGAAUUGCGUGGCGGUGAAUGUUUGGAGCGCCGCGCUGCUGCGCGCAUUCGGCCUCUUUCGUGCCGCUGUGAAAGACAUGUUGGACGGAGGAGGACUGGAUGAUGCGCGAAUUCGCAACCUCGCUCUGGUGCUUGACAGGCUGGACCUCGAGCCCGACUUUGCGACGCAGUACAGCCGCCUGGCCUCCCUGGCUAGCGAUGGAUCGAGCACGGCAGCGCAGGCGAUUACGGUGCGCGCGUAUCAAUACUUUGCCCAGAUUAUCCGUGCCACCUGCUCCCACGUGGGUGUGCCUCUCGGCGCCAGAGCAGGGUUGCUCCUACGCCGCGUCCUCGACCUCGCUACCUCCCAGACGCCGGACGCAGAGAUGGCGCAGGAGGUUUCGGCCCUGAUUGAGGACGCGGUUGAGGCCGUCCUCCGCGACGCCUUCUCAGGUGUACUCUGGCUUUAUCCGGCGGCGGGUGGCAUUCUCAUCUUUGCGGCGGCGCGCUCCGUCUGCCGCUUUCACUUCCGCGGGCUGGCGGGGUACGUGAUCCACGCAUGGCAGAUGGUGGGCGGCGGUGCGCUCUGCCUUCUCGGACUCCUUUGUCUAGGCUCGCGUGGUGUUUGGUUCGAUACCUCUGGAGGAAUCCAGUACGGAAACUGCUUGUACCGUCUUGUCGCGGCAAACUGGGGCAUCGCGAUAGUGUUCCUCAUCUACGCCGCCGUGCAAGGCGGAUACAUGAUCACGAUGGAGGCUGCAUGGAGCGUCUUCCACGUGGAGCGGGAGCGGCGGGGCGAGAGUUAA